GGCUGGCAAAUAAAAAGGAGCCCAUGUUGGAUCUUCUUUAGGUCUUCUGAGAUUAGAAGGAGAGUUUAAUCAAAGGAAGUGGGUCUCUCCCAUGGCUUCAGUAACAGUUCCCAGGCGUCUCAGCAUUGGUGCUUCUUAUGACAGCUCCCGGCCUCACCAUCCGCCCACUCUGACCAUGGUGCUAGAAGCUAUGCAGACCCUCAAUAAGCCAAAAGGUGUUUCGGCCUUUGCUAUAAAGCGUUACAUCCUCCACCAAUACCCAGGAGUCGAUCCUAUUAGGCUGAAGUACUACCUGAAGCAGGCCUUGGUGAAAGGAGUAAACCAUGGGUACCUGGUCAGGCCUCCCAAAUCUUCCGCACAGGGGGCCUCUGGAAGUUUCAAGCUAGGGAAUGAGAAAGUCCACCAGGAGAAAAGCCACAAGAAGAAAUCUUCUAGUGACAAAACCGCAGCCAAGCCGGAGGGGGAGGUGGUGAAACAGCCCAAAACCAAGGCUCCCAAGCAGAAAUUGAAAGGCAAAGGUGCUGAGCAGGCGAAAAAGAAGGUGUCAAGCAGAAAGCCCGAGGCAGCUCUUGGUGAUGGUGGAGCCACGGUUUCUGGGGCGGAGCCAAAGGCAAAAGUCUCUGGUAAGAAAGCUGCAAAAGCUACCAAGGAGCAAAGUGUGCCAAAGGCCUCCCAGGCAAAAUCAGCCAGCGGUCCAAAGAAAGGUACCAAGACCAAGGCUGAGCUGAAAAGUGUUCCAGAGGCCAAGGCCAAAUCCAAGCUGCCACGGGAUGAAAAAGCCAAAGGGAGUGCUGUGCCCAAGGGGGCCAUUGCCAAGAGUAGAGCUGCCAUGGAGACCAAAGCAACCCGUGCCAAGGGGAAGCCGAAAGCCAAGAAGGAAGCUGCCAAAGGGCAGGAGAAAGAAGAGUCAACGGCUGAGUCUGAGGUCUGAUAUGUGGGCAGUUUGAUGGCCAGUAGCAAGCACUCCAAACUUCCCCCAGUGUCAGCUCUAGACAGUAUUGCCUAAGUUGACUUCAAACAAAGUCCCUGAGCAGCUAGAGGGACUUUUCAAGAUGAUGGGAGGUCUGUAGGCCCAGUUGAUUGUACCAGUUGAUCGUGAGUAGAAGUAACUUCAGCCUUGCCCCCCCGCAUUUGCAGUUUUCCCAACUCCAUGGUCACCUUCAGAACUGGGCUUGGGAACUCCCAUUACAUAUGUAGUCCUGGUGUGAGGCUUUCUCAGCCCUUGACCUUAUCAGCCUGGACUUCAUUUUUUUUUUUUGCAGGGGGGAAACCAUGUUUGGUCAGGAUCAGUGGUCAGAUCCUCAAUUGCUGUUUUAGCUCUGGUUUUAAACUUUUGCAUUGUUCAAUAAAGGUUCAUGUUCAGCAAAUUA